AUGCACACUGCAGCAGCGGCGGCAGUGGAUGUGCUGCUGCUCCUGAGCAUGGGGUAUGUCUCAGAUGCUCUCUGCUCACCCACCAUAUUUUAUAGAAACUGCUGGAUCCGGCGCUUCCCAGGUCUUCUUGUUGACCUGGAAGAGUCUCAGAAGCUGGGAGCCCAGUUCUUAAAGUAUUACAGUGAAAACACUGGCCAGAAGUGCAGUCGGAGCUGCUGCCUGAGGAAAGAUGUUUCCUGUAACUUGGCUGUCUUCUACCACGACCCCGUCCACGACAGCGCCAACUGCCUGCACGUCCAUUGCCCCGCACUGGAGAGCUGCGUCCUGGCCCCCACCACCGGAGCUGUCCUCUACAAUAUCACUGACGGUUUAGAUCCAGAUUUGCUGGUUUUUGAACAAUUACCUCCUACCUAUCUAAAUACCCGUUCUUCAUCUAACAAAUGGGACAGAGUAAGGAUUCUAAAAGCUGUGAAUUUAGGAAAACAACCAACCAACAUAAUCAGUCAAAUGCUACCAUCAAUAGAAACUCCGCCAUCAACCACGUAUCAUCUGAUGACAAACACCAACAAUACCAGGUCUUCCAAAGAACUGCCCACAGAUUCUUGGGUAAGAUUCAUUUCCUUGAAGGAUUCCAUCCCAACUGAGGUAAAUGCAGAGUCCCCCAGUACUGAUCCCAUCAACAAUCCAGAUAACAAGACUAUUUCUCCAUUUGUGCCCAUAGACACAAAACUUUCUCAUAUGCCUAUUCCAGCUAGACUCAAUAGUAGCCAGCAGUCACCGAACAAAACCAAAGGGCACAAUGGCAGGAACCGCACAUCUCAGGGCGAUGAUGCCAUGCCUGAGGGCACCCCUGGGGAUUGGAUAUUGUGGCUGGCUCCUGUGUCCCUUUGCAGCUCCAUCAUGAUUCUCAGCUGCUGUGUAGUCAUCCUGAAGUGGGGAUGCUGUUGAAAGCAGCAGGGCCAGUAUAAACCAGGACAGAGAAGGUAA